CAUCUGGUUGUGAGUUACUUUGAUAUGCGCACUCGGUCAUAUCAUGAGAAUGUUGUGAAACCUGUGUUCGGAGUAAGUGACUAUUGGUACAGGUUCGAAUUUGCAAAGUCACGUGGACAAAUCCACUGGCAUCAGUUGAGCUGGAGAGAAGAUCGCCAGCCCCAUGAGCUCCUUCACCAAGCUGUACAAGAGGAGUGCCCGAAACCAGAGAAAGUGCGCAGGCUGAAUGAGUAGGUGAAGGAUAACUUCGACAUGAGCGCCUCCCACCCAGCCGGUAAAGACGAGGAUGGGGAAUCAAGAAAAGAGUUGUGGCUCCCACCAGAAGGAACUGCUGAGCCGGUUCCUGAGGACAGUGAUCCUUUGGUUAGGAUGCUGCUAGACUUGGAUGCUACGCAGGAGGCUAUGCUUGAAGACCAUCUGAACCUUGUGAACCGUGUAAGGCUUCACGCCUGCUCAGACUAUUGUCUUCGUACACCUCGCCAUGCUGAGCCUGGUAUUCAACCUGGAGAGCGUGUCUGCCGUAUGGAGUUUGGCUCAGAAUAUCAGCGUGGUAAACCAAAAAGAGAAGAACAGGACAUUGUUGCAGACCGCAAGGGGGCCGAUCGUCUAGAAAUGGCAAGAGAUCACCCAAGAGUUGUACAUCACUCAAGGUAUAACCUGCAGUCCUUGAGAGCAAACUGCGACUUGAGUGUGAUACUGUCAAACUCACCGCCUGACAACCCAAGCACUGAUGACAUCAUAGCCAUAGUAUGCAUGCAAAGGAAAUGA